ACCGGAGAGCGGAGAUGUCCUCGGCCACUUCAGAACCCAAAGAAAACGCCGACGCCAAUUCGAAAUGGCUGGAAGCUCACUACGACCCGCUGGCUAACCUGUACACUUUCUCCUCCUGCAUCGGUAAGACCCGGCGAGCGUCAGGGCUUGGUUACUGCUCGUCUGGAGGCGAAUUGCCCUGCCCGGGCACGGGCGUCCUCGUGAUCGAACCCCGUGUCCCGUGCCAGCUGGUGGUGGGAGACCUGGGCACCGGCGUCUACAACAUGAAGCUGAAGGUGUACAGGGGCACCAGCCUGGUGAGCGAGAACACCCUGCUGGACCUGCCCACCGGCCUGGUGGCCUUCCUGAUGGACCAGCACGAGCCGCGCACGCCCGCCGUGGCCGUGGCCUCGGGCCCCUUCAUCUACAUCUACAAGAACCUGCGGCCCUACUUCAAGUUCACGCUGCCCCCCCUGGAGGUCAACGCCCUGGAGCAGGAGGUCUGGAGCCAGGCCAGGGAGGAUAAAAUUGAUCCCAUGUCCCUGAAGGAGAUGCUGGAAGGAAUCCGGGAGAAGGCUGACGUCCCGCUGUCUGUCAGAUCGCUGAAAGAGUCAACCAAGCCAAAGUACUGCAUUGAGCUGAGCUCCCACCCAGUGGGGCUGGUCAGGGUGGGCAAGAACGUGGUGGUGGGCUGCACCCAGGAGACCUUGCACGGCUUCACCCAGAAGGGAAAGAAGCUGUGGACAGCCUACCUGCCGGCUCCCAUCACCACCAUGAGCCUGAUGGACCACCACGCCAGGGGCUUCCAGGCCGUGCUGGUGGGACUGACCAACUGCCAGGUCCACAUGUACUGCGACAAGAAUCUGGUCGGCGUGAUCAAGACUCCGGACAUGGUGACCAGCAUUUGCUUCGGGAGGUACGGCCGAGAGGACGGCGCUCUGAUUAUGACCACCAAAGAAACGAUAAGUCAACAGGUAACAGGCCUGGCUGCCCCUGUGUCCAGCAGCCCUCCUGAACGUGGGUCCGCUUCGCUGGCCCGCGCACGCGCGUGUCGUCUCUGCUCACCGGUUCCGUGCCGUCCCCCCCCGCAGGUCCAGGGCCUGGGCCCGUCCUUCAAGCUGACCCUCAACAUCCAGAACACGGCGGCCUGCCGGCCUGUGAUGAACCUGGCCGUCAGCUUCCUGUAUGACGAGAGCCUGUACUCCAUGAAGUCGGCGUUCUUCAAGGUCCGGGCCAGACCGGCGCCGAUCCGCUCUCGCAGGUAUUCGUCCCGCCUCCUGUCUUCGAAACCCUGGACCGUGUCCCAGCACUUCCUGCUGCUGCCGCGGCAGUUCUGCGUCUUGUUUUUCGGCGUUUCCCUGAACGCCUUUGUGUCGGAGCAGCCAUGCAAAUGA